UUAUUUGGCAAUUAUCAUUUGGAUGUAAAAUACAUUAUUUUGAAAUCAAAAUUUUGAAAGUAAUAAAAAUUUUCAGGAAAUUAGGCAAUGACUUUAAAUAAGCAAAAGAUAUUAAGCGAAUUAGGGAGCGUUGUAAAUCAGUUACAGAGUGCAGACUGCGGUUGCAUGGGAAAAUUGUUUGGUAAUUCAAAUCAACAUAAUAACUCAAUGGCAUCGCCGUUUGUACAACAGGGAGGUUAUAGACACGGCUGUUGCCAUGGGCACGGAUGCGGGUAUAACGGGGUUGCAGGUGGAGAGCCCUAUUCACAACAGGCUCCCUAUUCUUGCAUGGGUCGUUGCAAUCCACCUAAACUGUACGCUGAUACUUAUAACUUUUUAAAUGAAAAAUUAAUGCAACCGGUGGUCCAGGAGGUUUACCAUGAUCUUAAAACCAUUAGUCCUGCAAACACAAUUAUGAAUAACGAAAUGGGUGCAAAAAUGGGUCUGAAUCAAACGCAACAAGGUUUGAACUCUUACAACCAAGUUCCCCCGAAUCAAAAUUAUACGAAUAAUAAUAUGAUACCAUCCAAUCAGAUGCAAAAUCAACAUAAUAUGAUGCAAAAUCCUCAGAUAAUGCAAAAUUCCCAAAUGCCAGGUACAGCUCAGCAUCAGCAAUAUUUAGGAGGGAUGGGUCCUCAAAUUAUGAAUAUGAUAAACGGGGAGUCUAUUGUAGGAGCGCCACAGCAACAACAAGGCAAUCAACUAAAGCAACCGAUGCUCAUUGACGCUCCUCAAUCACCCCAUGGAAAAGUUGGAGUGACACCUUUAUCAAUGCCUAAUUAUGGUAACUUUAAUAACCCCGCACAAUCGUAUGGUAAAAACAUCGAUCCAAAUGAGCAGAAUGUCUAUGCCGCCAAUAUUGCAAAUAGAAUGUCGAACAUGCAAUCAGUUAAUCCAACGCAACAAACAAAUCCAAUGCAACAAGCUCAAUUACCGCAACAAACACCUAAUUACGGACAACAUAAUCAAGGUAUAAGAAAAUUCAAUGAAAUGUUUCCAGGGGUAAUGCAAGGUUUAGGCGGUGACUUGGGCUUCGAUCCAAUGGCCAUUGCAAUUCAAAUGAAUCCCGCAAAUCAACAGCAAGCGGCUAUGAAUACAAUGCAGAAAAUGAUGAACAAUAAUGAAAAUCUCGGUAAAAUCUUCCAAAAGCCGGGUAAUUUAUUACCCACACAGCCAGAACAAAAUACGAUCACACCGCAAAGUCAAAUGAUAUCCAAUCAAGGAGGUCCUGCAAAUCAAGUUCAAAGUAACGUUAUUAUGGAUCAGACACAAAUGAACAAUCAACAAACUUUAAUGCAAUCAACUCAACCGAAUAACCAAUCAAUGGCAGCAUAUCAACAACAACCGAACGCAAUUCCUGCGAAUAAUCAACAAAUUUACCAAGCGGUUGCAAAUCCUCAAAUGACUCAGCAAAACACAUUGCCGCAAUCAGCUCCCCAACAAAUGUUUGACCCAAAUACGGGUGCUCUCACUACACCACCAAGUCUAGCAACAGUUCGCGAAGACUUAGUUAUGUCGCAGCCACAGUCUCAAUCAUCUAAUCAACAGAAUAUAACACCUCAAACCUACAAAGAACCCAUAUUUCCCGUUGAUACGACACAUCAAAAAAUUUACAAUAAUCUUAACCGUAAAAAUAUGGAUCCAGCUCACUUCAACACUCUUGGACAGCCAGUGGAAAAGCUUCCAGCUAAUAUGUACCAUCAACCCAUACCAACGCUGCCACAAACAUUGUCUCCUCAACCUUUACAAACCAAUCAAGCCAAAUACUCCAAUGUAAAGGCGACUGUUAGUAAGACGUCUCUAAUGGGCAAUAAGCCAGUUGGGCAAACACCAAGUAGAAGUCAAUUGCAGCAAAUUUAUAACCAAUACAAAGGUUCUCAAUCGUUUACACAACAAAGUGUUAAGGUACCCGUCGAAGGUCCCUCGCAGUCUGAUAGACGAUUGAACAUUAAUAAGGAAUCAAAACAACUUAAUCAUAUCCCCGUAGAGAAAACGGGCGGUGAUUCAUAUGCUAAUAAUCAACCUAUUAAUCAGAAGAUGGACAUUGCACAUGUAAAUGGUCAAAUUGGAGAUGUCAUAAAAGAAAAUAAGCCAGAUUUGGCAAAACAGGAUUUGCCGUCUAAUAAUCGUAAGUAUAGAAAUGGCCUUCAAGAUGUAAUUUAUACCUCAUAUCCAUCGUCAGCUGCUUGGAGCUUUCACGGAGAUGGUCAGCGAUCAAACUUAGUGGGACGUCGUCACAACAAAUAUCGUUUUUAAUUUAGAAUUUGAUUGUUUAGUAAGAAUUAUCAAAUUCUUUUGUGUGAUGUGGUGCUUAAGUGAUGGUGUAAAUUAGUUUUGUGAUUUAUCAUUGUGAUGUAA